AGUAUCAGCUCAACUAAAACAUGGCGAAGCCCAUCAAAGCGGUGUUGGUCUUCUUAUGCAUGAUUAGUAUACAUUCUGUUAAUACGUUCGGCCUUUACGAAGAUCAGGCUGGAUUAUUUGAUUGGAAACAGGAGUACAUAGGUCAGGUGAAGGAUUUUCAUUGGGAUCAAACUCCAUCACAGUCUGGGAAAAAAGUCUUCAUAGCAUCUGAGAAAAAUGUGGUUGCUUCAGUCAAUGUGCAUGAUGGCAGUAUUGCUUGGCGCAGAAUAUUUGAGCCCAGCACCAGGGGUAGGAUUGAUGCUCUUUUACACCAAGGGUCUAAUCUUGUGAGUAUUCAUGCUGGUGGGCAGUUUGUUCGCAGCUGGUCUGCGCCGUCUGGUAGCUUACUGUGGGAGAAAAGCUUGUCUGAUGAUGUGGAUAGCAGAGCUUCUGGAUUUUUUAUUGAAAAGAACAAAAAAGAUUACCUGAUAAUAGCAACAUCAGGCACAUUGUAUUGUUUGAAAAUGAAUGACGGAAGUGAGGAAUGGAAAGCUGAAAUGCCUCACAGUGACACUAUUGAACGAUGGUAUGUGACUGAACGCAGUGAUAAUAGUUUCAUCGCCAUUGGCAUCACUCCUGGCCAGAGAGUAACCGUAACAAGUGUUUCUUCGGAUGGAGUGGUUAGCAAGACUGCAAAAAAUGUUCCUGCUCCGUGGAUUGAUAUACAAACUAGUUGUAUUAUAAUGGAAGAUGACAAACAUUUUGUUUGCUACUCCCCUCAGACACAUUCACUACAGACCCUAGGACUGGAUAAUGUCACAGUUUUCAAACAGACUGAGCUACUGGAGUUUCCACUGACCAAAGAGUCUAAGAUUGAAGGUUUGGUCCCUGGUCUUGGAUCUGCCAUUAAGUUCCGCUCUGCUAGUGAUCGUCUUGUUUUUAUGGUACUCACACCGCAGGAGACUUUUACUGUGCACAAAGUUCUUGAAAAGACAUAUUCUGCUGAGAUUGUUAACUUUGCAGAGAAAUAUAUUCUCUUAACAUUGACCCAGGCUGAUGCUGAGACUCUACAACUUACUGCAAGAGACCAGUCAGAUAAUUCUGAGAUAAUUGACUUGGCACAUAGUAUACCUUUUGCUCAUUACCAUGGGCCACCAGUCAAGAUGUUUCCAUUUUUGUUUUCCAAAAAGAAGGACUCUAGUCAUCGCCCAGGUUGCAAGCUGAUCUUUAUAGCUCAAGAUUUCUCCAUUCACUUUGCUCAGAAAAGUAAGAGUGAUGAAAAUAAAUCACAUUGGAGAAGGGAGGAAGCACUGGCCUAUAUUCUAUCUGUGCUUAUGGUUGACUUGCCAGUUUCUGAAAAUCAAGCAAAAUUUGAAGAUGAGUUUGGCACUAAAGAAGAGGACCUCCUGGCAAUGUUUUAUAAAAGACUUAAAGCUCAAUUUUCUCAGUUACGUGGUUUCGCUAUCACCCUGGUUGAUCGUGCCCUUGGCCACCACCACCAUCAUACCAAGUCCAUUGAUGCCAUAGAAGAGGAGGAACCUGAGGAAGAGGAUUUGAUUAGAGACGGUUUUAAUCUGCACAAGAUCAUUGUUGUAGCCACAGCCCCAGGAAAGAUUUAUGGAAUUCGAAGCCACACUGGUAAAAUAGCUUGGCAACAGUUCAUUCCGGAUCUUGUACCGUUCAGCCGCUUUAAUACCCAAAAGCUGCUUCUGGUCCUGCAAAGAUCAACUGCUCACUUCCCGCAUGAGCCUCAGUGCACAGUUUUGGGUGUUAGCCAGAAAACUGGCAAUGGACUUCUUGUGUCUUUCAACCCUGUCACAGGAGCCAUUCUCCCAGGCCAUCAAAGUCAAGGCCAUGACACUGGGUUUAAGGUUCUUCAAGCUGAGAUGUUGGUAGAUAUGGACUCUGAUUUUUUAAAGGGCAUCGUACUUAUCGAUGAUAAAAUUAAGUUUCAUGUUUAUCCCCCAACAAGUAAAUCUAUUCUACAAGAGUCCAGAAUGCAACAUUUCUUUCAUUUGAUUAACCCAGACACUGGCUUUAUGACAGGUUACAGACUUUUACCGAAUAAAGAUGGUGAGAUAGACAUUGAAGAAAUAUGGAAUCUAGAUUUGCAGAAAUCUCAACAAACUAUUACUGGAGUGUAUGGGAAGAGAGCAAUAGAACAUGUCCAUUCUCAAGGACGUGUGUUGGGUGACCGUAGUGUGUUGUACAAAUACUUGAACCCAAAUCUAGUUGCGCUGGUGACUGAAGGGGAGGAACAGCAACAAUCUUCAGUCAGUAAAGGUCCAACGCCAUUUUUCUCCAUUUAUCUGGUGGAUGGUGUGACUGGACACUUGGUGUACCAUCAGACCCACAAGAGAUCAAAAGGUCCAGUCAAAGUAGUUCAUUCAGAGAAUUGGAUUGUGUAUUCCUAUUUUAAUGAGAAACAUCGACGCAGUGAGAUUGGUGUACUGGAGCUCUAUGAAGGGAAAGAACAAAGUAACAGCACAGCCUUCUCCUCUUUCUAUCCUCCGCCUCCUCCCCUGGUGCUGCGUCAGUCUUACAUUUUCCCUGUGCCCAUAUAUGCUAUGGAAGCCACUGUUACAGAGAAAGGCAUCACCAGCAAGAAUAUUAUCAUUGCCUUAAAGACUGGAGGAGUAUUGUCCUUACCAAAAGCUUUGCUUGAUCCACGAAGGCCAGUCAUACCAACUCCUGAAACAAUGGAAGAGGGCACUAUUCCUUAUGUUCCAGAGAUUCCACUCAGCACAGAAGCUUUGGUCAAUUACAAUCGCAGUGUAUUUAAUGUGGAUGGUGUGUUCACAUCUCCAGCUGGUCUGGAAUCAACAUCACUGGUCUUUGUCUAUGGCAUUGAUAUCUUCUAUACACGAGUGACGCCAUCACGCAUGUUUGAUGUCUUGAAAGAAGAUUUUGAUUACUUGUUUAUCGGCGGAGUCCUGGCUUUGAUGAUCAUCUUGUCUUUUAUAACUCAGAAGUUGGCAGCUAUUAAAGCUUUAAAGAGGGCAUGGAAAUAAUGCCACAUGAGAUAUAUUAUAUAUAGUGAAAACUAAGUUUCUGUAGCCAUGAGGUAGUGUAAGUUUCAGUACACUAGCUAUCCUGCCAACUGUGUUAAUUUUUAUGGGUUUUUUUUGUGUAAGAAAAUAGUUGUCAUAUUUCAUUUGUUCUAAUUUAUUGAAUAUUUGGUGUAGAUGUAAGAGUUAAAAGUUAACAUUGUUUUGCUUGGAUUACACAAUGUUUUCUCUUACAUACAUUGUAAUUGUGUUUUUGAUCAGUUUGAAUAUGAGUACAUUUGGGGGGGGGGGGGGGGGGCAAAAGGUGUGUUGAUAAACUGCAGCAUUUAUUAGUUGGAUAGAUCUGUAGUUAGGUUUUCAGCCAUGUAUGUAUCAUUUUAAAGGACAUUGGCUCUGAAUAGGUCUGACUGUGAUUCUGUUUUAGUGAAAUGUGUUGUUGUCACUAAGACUUGAUUAGUCAGGUUAUCCUUUUUAUUUUGUGAAUGUUAGGAGAACCAAUGUUUUGUAUCAAUGGAAUAAAUACAUUAAAAUGUUUAAAUUUAUAUGAAUUCAGAAUUGCUCGGGUGAUGAAACUUUACAUUUAAGAAAGGAUUUCAAAUGUCUGAAAUAGUCAUGUUAUAAAAGUUAAAGAUAGCAUGCAGUAGAGAAUCAAUGGGUUGUGUGCUGUAGAAGAGACAUUGAGUUUGCUUGAUGUUAGCAACUCAAGUAUAGUGGAAACUGUAUGAAAUGUAUUUCAUAAUUAUUUAAGUGGUGCACUAGAUGUGAAAUGUGUUUAAAACAUAUGUUUUGUAUAAGAUGUAUGAAAUGCAUAGAAUACAUUAUUCAUUCUCUUAUGAAACUGUUUAGUGUGUGGCUCAGGGAUGGGAGGAAUAUUUUGUUUCAAGGAACUAUUUAUUUUUAUGUAGUGAUUAGAAUUUGAAUGCUUACUCUGUUGUGAUCAAUCAAAAUACAAGAUAGUGAAUGUUGCCUGUGAGUUGUCUAUUAGAGUUUUAACAAAUAUAUCUAUAUUUUGCUCACAUUCAUUUUAAAAAAAACCAACUUACUACAAUUUAUGUUUUUCUGGCAUUUUUUAAAUAUUUUUAUCCAUAAAAUGAAGAAAGUAAUUCUAUGCUAAUUUUUUAAAUUAUAUAAUAGACUUUAAAGCAUUUUGAUAAAAUAAAAAACUUGAGAAGUAAUCCCAUAGAUCUAGUUGGUAAAAAGUACACUCUUUUCCAUUUGUCUAGCAUUAUAUUAACAUGGUAAGUUGUCUGGUUGAUGGCAUUGCAAAAAAUUAUUCUUGAGGUAAGGGUUGUUUUAGUCCUCACAAGUGUUAAGAAAAAAAAAGCCAUGAGGCAGUUCAUUGUAAUCACUGAUUGCAUUAGUGGUUUUGUAGUUUGUCCCUACUGCCAUCAAGUAUUGGACACUCUUUGUAUUUUAUUUUAUAAAGAUAUUAUUUGCUUUCUCUGAUUGUUUUGAAACAAUUUUAUGUAAUGAUAUAUUGUUAGUCAAUCUUGAUAGAUCAUCUUCAUCAAACUCCAGUUAAGUGAGGGCCUGAGAGGAUCAAACCAUCUCUUGAAGAAGCCCUGGGCAGAAACCCUGCGUAAUGCACAUAGAGUACCAGGCAGGUCAAGAACUUAUAGCUUCCCAGACCUGUAGAGACUCAGCAAGUCUGGGGGUAGUCCAAAGAAUGAGACAUGGUUUCUCCUUCCUUCUUCCAGUGAGCCAAAGUGGCCUGCCCUGCAUCCUGCUAUAAUAGCUUGUUCAGUCCUGAGCAGCCUCCACCACAGGGAGGGAACAUCAGUAUGCCUCAUGUGCUCCCACACUCUUUGGGUUUCUUGGGACUUGUCCCAGCACUCUUGACAAAUAAUAUCCAGUCUACUAGAUAAAUAACCAGUAAAUAUUUUUAACUAAUAAUAAUAAGCCAAGCAUAUACCUUACUUUUUAUGUAUUUCAACAGACACUAUGCUUUUUUUUUAAUGAUCUUGUUAUCCUGUUUUACAAGUCUGAAAAGGUUUCUCUUUAAGCCUGUACACUUUAAAAAAAAAUUACAAAAUUAUUAUUUUAUAAACAUAGUAGUUGUACAUGCUUAUGUAAUCAUUUUCUUUUUAAAAAUUGUCUUGGUUGAUAUAGUGUCUGUGAAUGAAAACGAAACAUUUUGAAAGUCUGAUUGAAUAUUUGAAACUUCUCACAUCCAAGAUGUUUCUCUCAUUGUUGUAAAGCCUAAUGUGAGAAAUGUGUGCUCGUGUACUAAGUAGUCUCUUAGGUUUUAGAGACUGCACUACUGCCACCUAGUGGCAAGCUCAACUCUAGCAUUAGUGAGGAUAAAUACAAUUUCGCGUGCAAUGCAAAAGUUAUCACAUUUUUCCUAAAUCCAUCAAAUCUCUUGUCUACUUGGCCAGGGUUUUGGGCAUUAUAUCGAUAGCAUAGAAGUCAUUUCAUGCCAUAGACCUCAUUAAUUAAUUCAUUGGUAGGCUUCUUUUUACUAUUAUUUAAUUCUUUUCAUGGAAAUAUAGACAUUUUGACCUCAUCAUUCCAUUUGUUCUCUUAUGUAUGCAUACUUCUGUGUAAACACUAUUACUUGAGGGGUUGCCUGUAUAAGUUAAUUGAUUAGUCCUUAAUUGACAUUCCCUUCUCUAAGCUGGCUUAGUAGGCCUAUACAACAUCAGUUUCAUCCAGUUAUUACUAGUGUGGCAAGGCAGAAGUGCUAAACAUACAAAUAUUUUGAAUUUCAUCCCAGUAACAAUAAGCUUGCUUAAGUUGCAUUAAGAGAUAUUUUUUUUGAUUUGACUGUAUUACUAUUAAUAUGUGUAUUGAAACAAUACACGUGAUAUUACAUUUAUUGGUGACCUUUAUCCAUAAAGAUAAAUUUACUAGGGACUAUAUGACUUAUUUUGAUAGCCUCUUAACUUGCACUGAACUAUAAAUGUUUCUUGCCUUACUUCUUGUGUAUUAUGUUCAACUGAAGUCAAAACAAAAACAAACAAAACAAAUUAUUAUUGUCUUUUGUUAUUUUAUUAUUUAUUAUUCAAGUUUAAUGAGAAAUUAAGAUGCUAGAAAUAAAGUUGUUUUUUUUUUUAAA